AUGGCGUCGAGCAAGGCAUCGAGGCUUGGGGAAGAGACGCGGAUGGACAAAGUUAAUGCCGAGCUCGUCGUCCUCACAUACGGCGCAAUGGUCGCACAGCUUUGCAAGGACUUCGACAGCGACUACGGCAAGGUUAACCAGCAACUCGACAAGAUGGGCUACAAUAUCGGAUUACGUUUGAUCGAAGACUACCUCGCCAAAUCAAAUACCUUCAAGCGCUGCUCCAACUUCCGUGAAACAGCAGAGAUGAUCGCCAAGGUUGGCUUCAAAAUAUUUCUCAAUAUUACACCCACCAUUACAAACUGGACGAGCGACGGCAAGCAGUUUUCCCUUAUUUUCGACGAAAACCCCUUCGCCGACUUUGUCGAGCUGCCCGAUGACGGCCGUGCCCAGGACGAACUGUGGUAUUCCAACAUCCUGUGCGGCGUGCUCCGGGGAGCACUAGAGAUGGUCCAGAUGCAGGUGGAGGCCAAGUUUGUUAGCGAUGUGCUAAGAGGCAACGACACAACCGAGAUGCGCAUCAGCUUGAUACGAUACAUCGACGACGAGCUGCCGCCAGAGGAUGACUAG